AUAAGCACAAUGCAAUUCUUACAGGAUGUCCGAUUCUGCUACAGCUUUGGUCGUACAAGAGGAUAGCAAUUGGUCGUCCGAUUAUCGACCACUCACCGUAUGAGCCGGAUAUGUACGGUGACACCGAGGAUGAUAGGCCCACCAUAGGGACUCUCUGGUACGCUCGUCAGAAGAGUUGGGCCCACGUACAGUCUCGGCGGUCCUAUCCUGAGUUUGUAGCUGAGUUUGAUCGGUUGACACCUGAAAACGUUGUGUGGGAGCCCUACUCCCAGUUGGCUAUAAACACUCGUGCACCGUUCGGGAUAUCUUCGGUUUGCUCUCAGGACCAGGGCCUUUGGAUGUCAACUACAGCGUUGGUGUACGACAUUUACAUUGAGGCCCACUGCCCGGACAGAGUCAGGAGGCAGUUCGGUCAAAGGCAGUUGUAUCCUGUGCUGUCAGCAUUGGAUCGGGUCCAACGUCAUGACCAUAGUUUGUCGAGGGCUGGUCAACCCUUCUCGAACAUGUGGGUGACAAGGGUGCAGCCUUGGGUCGAUGGCUGGGACCAGGCAGAGGAGAACGUGGCGCUUCCGACCCCUGCAUACACAGAGGCUUCGUACAGGGCGUACCUGAGCUGGUACCAGCCUAAGACUCGUUGCCGCUUGCUAUAUGCUGAUAUGCAUCCACAACCGCAUGUUGCGACCCCACAUGAUGGCUAUGCGCGACAUAGAGAUGAUGCACUAGCUGGGGCGGAAUGA